AUGACAAGCCGCUACAGGCCCAAGCUCGUUAAGUUUAUGUCCUAUAAGGACAAUGUCUCGUAUAGUAAGGACCACACGUUCACGACGGAGGCGCUACUUCGUAUCACACCAGAGGACUUGUGUCGUUGGAUGAACAGGCAGACGUACGGAGAUUCAGAACCAAGUGAUGAAAUAAGGCCAAUACAUCGCCGCUUGACGACUCUUGAGCUCACGAAGAAGGCCAUUUCGUCGUUCAUGCCACGCAUUAAUUCAACAUGGGAUCCAAUAACAGAACGUGGAAACCCUACCCGAUCUGAUACAGUGAAUAAGGUAAUCAAGAGACCCGCCGACCCGUGGAAUUUUACGAAUUCAUGA